GUAGUCGUGGACGUGACUGGGAGGAGUGUGCCCGCCUCGGAUUUCCGCACAAGGAGCCGGGCCGCGACCAUGGCGGAGCCCACGGUAUGCUCGUUCCUCACCAAGGUGCUGUGCGCCCACGGCGGCCGCAUGUUCCUGCAGGAUCUGCGCGGCCACGUGGAACUCUCGGAGGCCCGGCUGCGGGACGUGCUGCGCCAGGCCGGGCCCGACCGCUUCCUGCUGCAGGAGGUGGAGGUGCGGGAGGACCCGUGGGACGCCGAGGCCGAGGUGGCGGCCGGCGCGGGCGGCGCGGGCGGCGGCGGCGGCGGCCCCUCGGCCUGGCGGGUUGUGGCUGUGUCCUCCGCGCGCCUCUGCGCUCGCUACCAGCGCGGCGAGUGCCAGGCCUGCGACCAGCUGCACCUCUGCCGCCGCCACAUGAUGGGCAAGUGCCCGAACCGCGACUGCUGGUCUACCUGCACCCUUUCUCAUGAUAUCCACAUACCUGUCAACAUCCAAGUCCUGAAAAACCAGGGACUGUUUGGUCUCAAUGAGGCCCAGCUUCGGAUCCUUCUUUUGCAGAAUGACCCCUGCCUUUUACCAGAGGUCUGUUUGCUCUACAACAAAGGUGAAGCCCUGUAUGGUUACUGCAACCUCAAGGAUAAAUGCAACAAGUUUCACGUGUGCAAGUCCUUUGUCAGGGGAGAGUGCAGGCUGCCCAAGUGCAAGCGGUCUCAUCAGCUAAUUCACGCUACAUCCCUGCAGCUGCUGCAGGACCAAGGAUCGAAUAUUCCAAGUGUCGUUAAUUUUCAGAUAAUUGCUACCUACAGGCACAUGAAGCUGCACAAGACGCUUGAAAAUAAAGAUAAUUCAGCUUCUUCUGCUGAGCAUUCCCAGGGCCUUGAGAAACAAGGAGUACGCGUAGCUAGGGCUGCAGAGGCCGGUUCUCUGGUCUCUGGCCCUGCUGAGUCAGCCAAGAAGCCAUGUGCAGGCUCUGGAUGCGCAGGCUCAGUGGCCAUGGCUUACGGGCCCAGCCGCUCUGCGGCAUGUGGGAUCUUGCCGGACCACCGGGGCACGAACCCGUGUUCCCUGCAUCGGCAAGCGGACUCUCAACCAUUGUGCCACCAGGGAAGCCCCUCUUUUUAUAUAUCUUAUAAUUAUGCCUUUAUAUAUGAAGUUAUUGACCCUUUGUAAUCUUUGUUGCAAUAUUUUAUUCAAUUCUAUAAUAUUCCAUUUUAAUCUUAGUUCCAUUGGUAUUCAUCCUAUAAAAACAUUUUAUGUAAUCAUACCUGUCUCUUAUUUUAAUUUGAUGGUUCAGCUGUUAGAGAGUUAUCAGAUUAGAAUUUCUUUGGCAAUUUAUCAGGGCUUAUGAGAUGAAGCUGCACAUCUGUAGGCUUCACAAAUUCCAAAUACCCUAAAUUGAAUGACUGACUUUCCUCCAGACUUGUUCCUCCUUUUGUUCUUUAUUUUGGAGUGUCAGCACCAAAUGACUUAAGCCAAAAACCUGCGAAUUGUCCUAUACUUUUCCUUUCUUCUUAUUCCCUGUGUCAGAUUGGUUACCCCAUGUUGCAGAAUUUUCCACUUUAAAAAUCUUGCAAAUUUUUAUCCUCUCUACCCCUUUCUUUCCAUCCCCAACACACUGCCUUUUUCUAAACCCUCAUCACCUCUUGCAUUUAAUUUACAGAUUCAUAACUCAGUGGUUUUCAAGUCUGUCUUGGGAGAGUUUUUUGUAGGAAGUGCGAGAUGGACCCCUGUUCCACUUCAAGGAUGGUACCCCCAUUGUAAUUUUUAAUAUAAUAGGCUUUUGUGGAUGCCAUUGAUCUCCUUACCACCCUUCUCUCCCCCUGCUGCCUGGUUGACCUUUUGAAAUGCAGACCUAAUCGUACUGCUUUUUUCUGCCACAACCUUCAUUGGUCCCCAUCACGGAGGAUAGAAGUCAUAAAACUCAAAUCCCUACAGGGACUAGAAAGUUAAGAUAAAUGGAUAAAGUGAGGUGGAUGUGAGAGGAAUGGGGUAAGAGAGGAAGUGCUGUGGCAAACUGUCCCAUCUAAAAUGGACAACUGCCUCUUGCUUCCACAUGGGAAUGCGGGGCCCAAUUUGACGUAUCAUCCAAUUUGUCAAAAGCAGCCACAAAUCCAGAAAUUUUUAUGAUAAAUUUUCUGAUUUUAAAAUAUUGACUUUUAAUUGAGUUCUUAAAAUGCAGCCCAAUAUUGCGUGUAUUGACCUGCUUGCAGUUUUUGGGAUGUGCCAUUUUAUCUUGUGACUCUCUGUUUGUAAAUGAUGCUCCCUAUAAGUGCCACUCCUUCCCUCCUCCUGCCUCAAAACCAGGCAACAUUAGAUUAUUUAAAAUGUCAGGUUAGCCUUUCCUGACCCCAAGACAGGCAGCUCUCCUAGUGUUCUCAAAGCUCUAGCACUUCGUACAUUGCAUUGCAAUGCUUUUAUUCCCCGGCUUUGAGCAAAAACAUUAUUUAUUUUUUUGGUAAUUAUAACACUUGGUAGUUAAAUAUUUUUUGCCGUAUAAUGAAUUAAGCUCUCCGUUUGAAUCUGUUGAUUCAGUAUCAUAUUGCUCUCGUUGAUUCUCUUUCUCCUCACAUAUUUUUAGUGUUCAAAGGAUCUUUUUUUCCCUAAGGAAUGUGUUAUAUAAGGUAAACAUCAUUUUGAUGCUUCGGUUUGAAUUGUCUAGGUCUAAAAUUAAUUCUUUAUGACUUAUGUUUAUGAUACUAAUUCUUUCCAUUAAGGAAUUAAGUCUUCAUUAUUGACGUAUUUCUUGAUUUCUUUCAUUAUAAUUUGUUCAUGUUUUUGUCUAGGUCAUGAAUAUCCCUUAUUGCAUAAAUUCUUUCUUGGCUAAAUAUAUCUGUAUUGCUACUAAGUAUGGGAAUCUCUAUCUUCAGAAUGCUAUUGAUUUUCAAAAUAUUUGUCUUUAGGUGAGUUGUCUUUGUUCUAACAGUAUUAGAUGGCUUGUUUGGUUUUUUUUUUAAAUAUAAAAUUGUAGCUGCAAAAAUAUUUGUCUUAUGUAUUUCUAUUAUAUCUUUUUGUUAAAUAAAAUUGUAAUAAGAUAUUUUUGGAUAUUUCCUCAUUUAAUAUGAAGUUACUUAUUGGUUUUAAACAAAUAUUCUCUAUUAUAAUAAGGGAAAUAGCAUCCUUUAUUCUUGUUUAUUAGAAGCUUUUGGUAGGAAUUGGUAUCUUUUGAUAUAAUCAUAUAAUGUUAACCAUUUAAGUUACCUAAUAUGAUUAUAUUCAUGGUUUUCAUGAUACUAAAACAUCCUUAAAUUCUUGAGUAAGCUCCACUUGAUAAUGCCAUAUAUUCUUUUAAUGUAUUUUUUAUCCUAUUUGGUAACUUUCAAGUGUAUGCAUCUAAACAUUCAUAAAUAAAUUUCAUUUAU